AUGUGUGGCCACGGAAACUCACCAUCUCCCCCGCCUUCGGACGAUGGAUCUUAUGAAGGGUCGGAUGAUGGCUCCGAUGGUCCUACCAAACCACGAUAUACACCUGAAGAACUUGGGGCUCUAUUUGUCGACUUUUACUCUUUCUUGACCACCCUGCAUUAUGACCGAUCCGAUCUCAAGAUACCAACACCCACUGGAUGGCCAUGUAUCACUCCCGAGUCUUGCGGAAACUACAAAUCUGACUACGCUGUCCAAGUCCUUCGCCAUCUCCCUUACUUCGAUAGCGCUGCCUACAUCCAUUUCAAAUCCAAGCUCCUGGACCUCACAGCCUUUACCCUUGAAGACUUCGAGAAGCAUAAAGACUAUCACCAAGGCUGGGAAUUCUGGUCAUCGGAGGGCGAGUUAAUAGAUGACAGCAACGUGGUCUGCAUUGCUGUUGGACACGAAAGCUUCAGCCGCGAACUAUGGCUUAAUGUUAUAGAUUGUGAAAUCUUUGAGGAUUUCCAUGCAGGCGAUAUGCUAGAUGCAGUACCUAUUGAGACCUUCUUUGAUAGCCUAAAGGAGAAAUAUGAAACCUUAAGACUCAUUCCUGGUCAAAAAAGGAUUACUAUUGAAGCAGAAAAGGUCCCUGAAUACGAUGGAUGGAUCACUGAGGAGGCGGUGAAUACUCAAGCUGAAGAGUGGGGAACCGAUCUAGAUAUCCAGUAUAUAAGGCAGGUUUACCGCGUUUAUGGAUGGCCAGAGUCAUUCCGCUUCCAGGAGGCUUCUAACGUCAUUGACGACUGGUUAACUCCCCUUGGAAACGGGGCGAGAGGAGGGCCACGGGGAUUGGCAUGGCAGCAGAGCCCCCCGGAUUGGGAUUCGACCCGAUGGACAUAG